UUAAUAAAAGGAUAAUACGGAAACCAUUAAGGAUUAGGAUUCUUUAAAAAGGAAAUCUCCAUACAGAUUUUCGCUAUAAAUAUAGAUCUCCUCGCACAACUUAUUUCAUAAACUUCUUUACAUCAUCAUUCAUAUAGUUUUCAUUAGCAACCAACAAUGUCUUACGUUAAGGUUUUUGAAAGCAUCGACAAAAACAAAGAUGGUAAAAUUUCAUGGGACGAGUUCUCUCAAUGGAUCCGUGCUUUCUCUCCUUUGAUGACGUCUGAAGAAAUCGAUGAGAUGUUCACAGAGCUUGAUGCUGAUGGUGACCGUCAAAUAGAUAUUGUAGAAUUCGCCAAGUGCUAUGUGGUUGGCGAAAAAGAAGAAGAAGAAGAAGAAGCUGUUCUGAAAGAAGCUUUUGAUCUGUAUGAUAUUAAUCGUGAUGGGAAGAUUUCACCGGGUGAGCUUCAUGUUGUGUUGAAGCGUCUUGGAAGGAAUAAGUCAAUGGAGGAAUGUGCUAGCAUGGUUGGUGCCGUUGAUGCAGACCAAGAUGGUCAUGUUAGCUUUGAAGAAUUCAAGACUAUGAUGAAUUCUGACAAGAAGUUACUAUGAUUUUACCUAUAUUUUCUUUAGUUUAUGCUUUUGCUUUCUCUUUUAUGAAUGUAGUUUUAUUAACUUCAAAGUUAUCGUGCACAUGAAUGAUUUAGUUUGGAUUUGAAUCUAUCUCUUUCUAACCUAAAAAAAGGUUUUCAAUAUUUAGUUUUAUUCCAAUAUGAAUUAAGAUUUGAUUAAAUUAAAAGGAAAAUAUACAUUAUCAAAUUAAACCUUGAUCUAAUCUCUAAAGUUUAAAGCUAUAAUGAGACGAACAUUUAUUUAAUAUUGAAAAUAAAAAGAACACGUUUUGCUUACUACAUACAACAUACCAACAUAAAACAUCUGAGAAGCAAACACAAAACAAAAGCACAAACUCAUAUCUGUUUUGCUUACUAUAACACAUACCAACAUAAAACAUCUGAGAAGCAAAAACAAAACAAAAGCACAAACUCAUAUCUCAAACUCUCUCUUCCCUUCCAUCGUUUAGAGCCUAGAGACAUUGGUUGGGUAUUGAGCUACAAUAUGAUUAUAAACGUCAAGGUUUUUGAACGUAUCGACAAAAACAAAGAUGGUAAAUGGAUCCGUGUUUUCUCUCCUUUGAUGACGUCUAAAAGAAAUCGAUGAGAUGUUCAAAGAGCUUGAUGCUGAUGGUGACGCUCAAAUCGACAUCACAGAAUAUGCCAAGUGCUUUGCUAGCAAAGAUAAGGAGGAGGAAGAAGCUGAUCUGAAAGGCGCUUUUGAUCUGUUUGACAUUGAUGGUGAUGGUAAGAUUUCACCGGGUGAGCUUCAUGUUGUGUUGAAGCGUCUUGGAAAGAAUAAGUGUUGGUUAUUAAGGGUUGUAACCCGUAAAAUCGUGAAUGAUAUACUUGGAUAAUGAUUGAAUCACCGUGUUUUUUUUAAAAAGUAUUUCGAUCCUAUUCCAAACUUUGGGUUACACGAAAUCUCUUUGUAAGAUAAAACAAUCAAAAUCUCACUUUUGUUCUAGGCUAAGAUACAAAAGAAACAAAUAGAGCUUUUGUGUUUAUAUGUGUUUCUUCAAAGUCUUUGAUGAUCUUUGAACAAUGAAUCUUUUUCUC